GAUGGUGAUCAACCAACAGCUGAUACCUAUCAAAAUAUUUGUUGUUCAUUUCACUUUCUAGAAUGGAGCUUUCGUUGUUUUAAAAGAAUGAAUUUCGAAAUUGUUUUACUUUCCAGGGUAUUAGUGAUGCAUACUCAAAUUGAGAAUGUUGAAUGAAUAUAAUAUGUAAGAACAAUCAAGUCCUUGAAAUAAUUCAAAAUGACUUUUAAUCAUGAGAAAAUCUUGAAUGUUUUGAAAACUUCUUUGAACAAAAUUGCUAAGAAAGAAUUAUUGCUAAGUAUUACGAGAAAGGAUUUAUCACAGUAUAUUGAAAAAGUUAAUUUAUUGAAGAAUUCUAAUAGUAUUAUAAAGAAUUUGAAGUUCUCCACAGCCUCUUUGAGGUCUACUCCCCCAAAAGAAGAUGAGGCAGAUUCAGAAACAAUUCCAAAGCUCGAAGAAAAUUCUCCCAACAUAAAUCACAUAUUGACCACUUCACAAUGGAAAACCGAAAUAUCAAAGCCUCUUGUUCUAUCUCAAAUUAAGCAUAUUCUUGCGUCCAUUGAGGAGGCUCAAACCGACUCUUCUUUCCAAGCUAGAGUAGGAGCCUUCAUAACAUAUAUCUAUAAAGUACCAGGUGCACGUAUUAUUUCUGUAAAGGAGGGGGCUCUACGUGUUUUAUUGAAUGCUCGAGAAAGAUUCAAGGACAAAGAUCUUGGGCCUAUUCGGGAGGCUUUGGCACUUUUAGGGUACACUGAUCCUGUGCCAGGAAAGGGUAUUCGAAUUCUCAGUAUUGACGGAGGCGGUAUAAGAGGAUUGCUAGUAUUAGAGAUGUUGAAGAAACUGGAAGAAUUAACUGGAAAAAGAAUAUAUGAGUUAUUUGACCUAAUUUGUGGUACAAGCACAGGCGCUAUUCUAACUUUUUCAAUGGGCAUCCACCAUAAGUCGAUGGAUGAAAUUGCAGAAGUCUAUCUAAAGAUAAGCAACGAAGUAUUCAAACAAUCCUCUUUAUGGGGUACAGGAAACCUUGUUUGGACUCAGUCUUUUUACAGUACUCCUCUUUGGGAAAAAAAUCUCAAGACAUAUCUUGGUGAUUUCCGGCUGAUCCAAACCGCUCGUGACCCUUUGUGUCCAAAGCUAUGUGCAGUAUCGGCUGUUGUGAAUCAGUCUCACCUGUCAGCAUACCUCUUUAGAAAUUAUUCAUUGCCAUGGAAAGUACACUCUGAGUAUUUGGGAAGCAGUAACCAUUUAGUAUGGGAGGCAGCUAGAGCAUCAGCAGCUGCCCCAACUUAUUUUGAAGAAUUUAAGUUGGGCGAUUAUAUACAUCAGGAUGGGGGAAUUUUAGCUAACAAUCCUACGGCAAUUGCCAUUCAUGAAGCGAAACUUCUGUGGCCUAACCAUCCUAUUCAAUGUGUUGUAUCGUUUGGUACUGGUAGAACGGUACCAUACAGAGCUAAGAAUGCACCUUGUGACCCAUCAGUUAAUACAACUUGGAAAAACAAAUUUAUGAAAAUUGUUGAUAGUGCAACUGAUACAGAAGGUAUACAUACAAUAUUGAGUGACCUUCUACCAGACAAUGUUUACUACAGAUUCAAUCCAUAUUUAGUAGAAAUGAUAAGUAUGGUUGAAAUUGAGGAACAAAAACUAGAGCAAAUGAAGAGGGAUGCAAUAAUGUAUUUGAGGAGGAACGAAGAUAAAUUUAUUGCCGCAGCAAAGGCUUUAUCGGAACCAAAGAGCUAUUUUCAGAAACAAUCUGAUUGGUUAAGAAUUAAAAGAGAUCUAUAUGGAUUUUGAAGAUAUUGAAUGUACAUACCUAUCUAAUGUUUUUUAUACCACAAAAGUAAAAACUGUGCAUAAUGAUGAUGAGCAAUCAUGUAAGAAUUGUUAUAUUUUAUCGAUGUAAUAUAUUAUAUAUUUGAAUCUUUCCAA